AUGGAAGCCUCCGACUGCUCUCUGAAAGAACUCUUCCAGCGCGCCAAAUCCCAAGAAGCUGAGCUUGAUCAACUGGAGCCACAGACCGAGGCUUUCAAAGCGCGUUUGCAAGCCCUUACCGACAGCUUCGAGCAAUGUCGACAGCUGAUCCAAAAGUUGUCGCUCUUCAGCAGUAAUGAGGAACUGGAGGACAUAUCCACAAACGACAUCCAGUAUCUCACGGUGGAUUACACGCUUGCGGAGCUGAAGAAUCGAUCAUACGGUGACGACAGACUUACGGCUUUGAAAAAGUCAUCAGAGCUUUUGGAAAGCUUCCUCACGAAUGUCGAUCACUACGGAUUAUUGACUUCGACGGAUCGAAAACUUUACCAAAGGUUCUUGGAGUCACGAACUUCUUUCCGAGUCCUAUCUUCGAACAACCCGGAGGAGAAGCGGAAGAUCAAGAUUGGACGUUUUCAGGAAGAAAAGGCGCUGAAACAGAAACUCGAGUAUCUCCGAAAAGAGUCUCGAAAAUCAGACAUCGACGAAGAGACGAUCCGAGACUUGUACCUAGCGGAGGUCUCGCUUGCAGUCAAUCGGACAUUUUCUUCUCUUGAUAGCAUCACCCAGGAGCUGGAGAUUCUUUCGCAUAUGCGCCAAGCAGCGCCGGUCAAUCCUGGUCCCACUCCAGACUCCAGAGAGGCUGCUCGGUCAACAGAAUAUUCCGACAGACUUGAUGGUCCAAAUACACUCUCAGGACUUGGUCGUCGAGGUGGCCCUCUUCUAAGCCCCACUGGCAAACCACUUCAGCCUUUCACCAUUGUCGGCAAGCGAACCGAGCUUCAACAAGGGGUUUUCAAGCCAGGCCACAAUUUACCCACCAUGAGUAUUGAUGAGUACCUAGAAGAAGAGCGAAGACGUGGGGGCAUCAUCGAAGGCACUGGUGAUGAGCCUAAGCCCGCACCAGACGAGGAUGAUAUGGCAGAGGUUGAUGCUGCGACGAGGAAGGCUAGGGAAUGGGAUGAAUUCGUGGAGGCCAAUCCGAAGGGCGCUGGAAACUCCAUGAACAGAGGGUGA